AUGACAUCAGUGUCGAGGGUGUCUCAAGUGACGACAAUCACGACGGAGGCUGUGAUUCGUCAUUCCGCAGCUGCCAAGGAUAAGGAGAUCCUUGCAGCUAUGCCUACCGUGGUCCCUGAAGUGACCAUUUGGGUAAAGGAUGGACAACUGGAGGCGAGCAUCAGUGGCGAGACAGCCAUGAAGUUCCUGAUUGUGGCCUGCGGAGGAUCUGGGGUCAUCUCAAUCCUGGUGUUUUUGGCCUGGAUGGCUCGACAGUUCUACUUAAAAAAACAAGAGGGGGAUCAAGGGGUAGCAGAGGCAGAAUUGCCUCCCAUAAAUUUUGAUGAGAUCGAGGAAGAUUGGCAUUCCAUUCAACGAGCUGCGAGAUGGAUGGGCCUCCUAACAGCUGUGCAUCCUACAACAGCCACAGCUUCUGAAGAAGGAGGUGAAGAACAAGUUACCUCAACCGGGGAUCUUUUGGAGCUCAACACGGAAAACGUGGAAACAGAAGAUCCUCGAUGCUCAGCUUUUUGGGCAUAA